GCGGAGUAGGAGCGGGGCCGGCGCCGCGGCAGCUUCUGUUCGCCGAGCUGUUGCCGCCUCCGGGCGGACUGGCGGACGAGUGGACGCCGGGAGCUGGGGGCCGCGCGGCGGGACGCCGCGGGGCUGACCGGCCCCGAUGAGGCGGAAGGAGAAGCGGCUUCUGCAGGCGGUGGCGCUGGUGCUGGCGGCCCUGGUCCUUCUGCCCAACGUGGGACUCUGGGCGCUGUACCGCGAACGGCAGCCCGACGGCACCCCCGGGGAAUCGGGGGCGGCGGCGCCCCCGGCAGCCGGACAGGGAUCACACAAUCAGCAGAAGAAGAUAUUUUUCUUGGGUGAUGGGCAGAAGCUGAAGGACUGGCAUGACAAAGAAGCCAUCAGAAGGGAUGCUCAGCGUGUAGGAAAUGGAGAACAAGGGAGGCCCUACCCCAUGACCGAUGCUGAGCGAGUGGAUCAGGCCUACCGGGAAAAUGGGUUUAACAUCUACGUCAGCGAUAAGAUCUCCCUGAAUCGCUCUCUCCCUGAUAUUCGACACCCAAACUGCAACAGAAAACGCUACCUGGAGACACUCCCCAACACCAGCAUCAUCAUCCCCUUCCACAAUGAGGGUUGGUCCUCCCUCCUCCGCACCGUCCACAGCGUGCUGAACCGCUCACCCCCGGAGCUCAUCGCCGAGAUUGUGCUGGUUGAUGACUUCAGCGAUCGAGAGCACCUGAAAAAGCCACUUGAAGACUACAUGGCCCAUUUCCCCAGCGUGAGGAUUCUCCGAACCAAGAAACGGGAAGGGCUGAUACGGACCCGGAUGCUAGGGGCCUCGGCAGCAAUUGGGGAUGUCAUCACAUUCUUGGACUCACACUGUGAAGCCAAUGUCAACUGGCUCCCUCCCUUGCUCGACCGCAUCGCUCGGAACCGCAAGACCAUCGUGUGCCCGAUGAUUGACGUGAUUGACCACGACGACUUCCGGUACGAGACGCAGGCGGGGGACGCCAUGCGGGGCGCCUUUGACUGGGAGAUGUACUAUAAGCGUAUCCCCAUCCCUCCAGAGCUGCAGAAGGCCGACCCCAGCGACCCAUUUGAGUCUCCCGUGAUGGCCGGUGGGCUCUUCGCCGUGGAUCGGAAGUGGUUCUGGGAGCUGGGCGGGUACGACCCAGGCCUGGAGAUCUGGGGAGGCGAGCAGUAUGAAAUCUCGUUCAAGGUGUGGAUGUGCGGGGGCCGCAUGGAGGACAUCCCCUGCUCCAGGGUGGGCCAUAUCUACAGGAAGUACGUGCCCUACAAGGUCCCUGCUGGAGUCAGCCUGGCCAGGAACCUGAAGCGAGUGGCGGAAGUGUGGAUGGACGAGUACGCGGAGCACAUCUACCAGCGCCGGCCGGAGUACCGCCACCUCUCCGCGGGGGACGUCGCCGCCCAGAAGAAGCUCCGCAGCUCGCUGAACUGCAAGAGUUUCAAGUGGUUUAUGACCAAGAUCGCCUGGGACCUGCCCAAAUUCUACCCGCCCGUGGAGCCCCCGGCCGCAGCCUGGGGCGAGAUCCGCAACGUGGGCACCGGGCUGUGUGUGGACACGAAGCACGGGGCCCUGGGCUCCCCGCUGAGGCUGGAGAGCUGCGUCCGAGGCCGCGGGGAGGCCGCCUGGAACAACAUGCAGGUGUUCACCUUCACCUGGAGGGAGGACAUCCGGCCCGGGGACCCCCAGCACACCAAGAAGUUCUGCUUCGACGCCGUCUCCCACACCAGUCCCGUCACCCUGUACGACUGCCACAGCAUGAAGGGCAACCAGCUGUGGAAGUACCGAAAAGACAAGACCCUGUACCACCCGGUCAGCGGCAGCUGCAUGGACUGCAGCGAGAGCGACCACAGGAUAUUCAUGAGCGCCUGCCGCCCCGCCUCUCCCACGCAGCAGUGGCUGUUCGAACACACCAACUCGACAGUCCUGGAAGCGUUCAACAGAAACUGAGCCCGAGUCUCCACAGCAGGCCUGGCAGGGCCCUCCCUGCCGCGCCCCGCAGGGUUCCCACGGGCACCGGGACGGAAGGGCGCUGGCUGGCCAACUCGCUGGACAAAGCUGGCUCUCGAAGCUGGAGCCAGGCGUCUGCCCGAUGCCGGAGGCCCUGGGCUGUGGGGCAGGGUGGAGAGCAGACCCCACAAGAGGCCCCACGCGGGUGCAGAGCCUGUGGUGACCCCUGACGGCGUCGUGGAAAUCCAGGCGGGCCUGCUCGAGUGUGUCACCUUGUCCCUGUGAGUGUGCUGCAGGAGGAACGCCGGGGCCGCCCUAGGCCACCCAGAAACAAGGCGCGUGGGUGGCCGUCCUUGAGAAAGGGAAGCCCGUGCUGCCUGUCCGGGGCGCUGUUAGCUCGUUGCCACCCCUCUGCGGGGGAAGAGAAGGAGGUGCUGGGGACGCCGGUGUCAGCCUUUCAGUGUCGCCCUGUCGUGGGGGUAGGUGCAGUCACUGCCCAGCUUCUGUCCUCUGUCACAGCCCCGGGGAACGCAGUCAAAGGCCACCCUGGGGUCCUCAGAGAGUUCAGCGCUCAAACCGGCCAGCUGCCGGGCCUGGAGCCAGAAGCCGGACCCUCAGGCGUUCCUGUGCAGCCAAGGACAUACAGGGUGUUCCCACCUGCUCCCUGGGUGCCCCCGAGGCCCGUUCUAGGGCCCUCUGGGCACGAGGCCAGCCCGGCCGCCAGCUCUCCCAGGCCAUGUUUCAGACGGCCGUGGGUGUGUGGGGAAGGCCGAGUGGGUCCCAGGCUCGGAAUUCUGGCCGAACAUCCUUGGUCAGUGCUCCCGUUUCCUCUCCUCUCCCCUCCCACCUCUCCCCUCCUCUCUCCCUCUCUCCCCCUCUCUCCCUUCCUCCUACUUUCUCUCUCUCUCUCUCUCCCCCCCCCCACUUGGAGAAAGCAGCAGAGGCAUGGAGUGCUCACCUCCCAAAGUCCGGAGGCCACCAGGGUAGUCCAUGGCCAGGAUGCCUAGUCUCUGGCCUCAUCACGGUCCUAGUUCUCAUACUGAACUCUAGAGUUUUUAAGGAAGCCUGUAAUCCAGUCACACGCCAAAGUGCUACACAGGAUUCCGGCAUUCUGGCGUCCCACGUGGGUUCCUAGAAUGUUGUGGUUAAAGGAGCCAGCCAGGUGCGAUGCCCUCCAGUCUGUGAACUCCAGGUUGGUGGCACUGGGGACUGUGACCUGAAGCCCUGCAGCCUCCUACCACCCAGCCUCCCACCCUGCAGAGAAGAACCCAGGCCCCGGGAACAGGUGCACACUCCGCUCCGCACCAGUCCUUCCUGUUUACCGUUUGCUCUGUUAAUCACACGUCAGGCUCCCAGAGGCUCCCGAGCCCAUAGGAAGCAUGUCUGUAACCAGCCUGCCUCCCACUGAUUCAGAGAUGGAAAUCACAUCCCACAGCCUAUGGCUUCCAUCAGCUAGCCCAGGAAAUACUUGAAGUCACUUCCAAUUAGAGUUGGGUCUCUCCAUUGUAUCGUUUGCCAAUUAAAUAACUGAGACAUAAAUCUGGGAAUGGAGCCACAAAUCUGGCUUUGAGGUGCUGGCUGAUCUCAAGGCCAUCCGUGAUCUUGGGGAGGGAGGACUAAACCUUCCCAGUCAUGACCACCCCAAUUAAGCACGCAGCUGGCAAAGCAUCCCUUCUGCCCCCACCUCCCCUCCUCUACAAGCCCAGCUCUGGCCACUUCUCUGCAGGAGAGGCUGCCCCUAUACUUACAAAGCUUGCUGGUUGAGCCCUAGCGUCUUUUCCAAACAAGCUUUACAUCGUUAGCCGUGGUCCUCCUCGGGAAGGAGUCACAACGGUGAGGCCCCUUCCGGAAUCUCGGGUCGCAGGAGUGCCGUAGCGUGGAGAGCCGAGUUAGGAUGCGUCAUCAGAGAGCAAUGCAGCAUCAUUAAAAUAAAAACUGUGCCUUUUAAAAAGAGAAAAUGCAACUGUACAGCAAAUCCCUAAACUUGAACCAUUUCCUAGUGCCUUGCGAGACAAACGUAGAGAGGCAGGGGUGGGGGGAGGGGAGUGUUUUGGGUGGUAUGUGUGCAGUCCCUGUUGGAUGAGUGUGUGUUUCUUCACAUCCGAUUUCAAGCAGGAGAGGCUGGGCCAAGAGCAGGGUCUGAGGGGGAGGUGUCCCCAAGGGUAGAGUCCAGAAGCCAUUCCAUUUAGAGUGACACUCCAGGCUGAAAGGACAGCUGGACAGCUCGGGCAGCCUGCGGCCUAGAAGGACCGCAGCAGCCCCUGGACGAGGGCCCUGUUUGGAGCCCCUGCCUGCAGCCCCCCAACCCAGCCCCCAGACGGAGUGCAGAGCACCGGCUGCAUCCCCACGUGGUCCCACUCCAAGUGGGGGACAGUGUUCUCAGCAUGACCAGGACUCGUGUGGGAAGCGGGAGCAACCCCAAGCAGCCUCCCACCUCCCUCUCUCCCACCCUUUGGGUCUUCUUUUCAGGCUGGUCCUGCCCCCUCAACAAGGGAUGGGCAGGUCCUCCCAGCACCCUGGCCUUUGUCAACGCUGAGCCCACAAGCUGAGGUGCCAAGGUUGACAAAGUGUGGGAUGGGGAUGGCAGGAGGCAAGGUCAUUGCCUAGCUGACAGACUGGCUGGUUGCAAAUACUGGCCACUCAUUGUUUUGGCUUCAUUUUUUGGUUUGGUUUGGGUUGUUUUUUUCUUAAACUAGCUACACUAAGGAUUCAGAUUUCUGCUCACACCCCCAGCUGAUGCCCAACUAGAACAGCCAGCAGGCUGUGGAGAGGCUGUGAGCCAGGUAAGGGGUGAGGACAUGGGCCCCUCCCCUCUGAAACCCUUAUUCUGAGCAUGAGGUCACAAAACAAAUGAGUGGCUGUCGUGUGGCGCACCAGCAGCCUUCCCAGAGGGGCUCCAGAAACAUUUUGAAAUACAAAGAGCAUCUUUGCCGUAAGUACAAGGCCGUUGGAGGUGGCUGACUGUGCAAGCACAGGUGUGGAAAGCCCCGCACGUCAUGCCUCCAACUGGAGCUUG